CAGUUUCAGUGUAAAAUGUCCGCUAGUGAUUCCAGUGAGUUUGAGGAGAAUGCGCCCGACUGGGACAAAGAAGAAAAAGGUGUGAUUGAAAGGAAAAAAGAAUGUGACCACAAACUACCACUGGCCUUUAAGCUGAAAAGACACCCUUGUCACUGUGUGUGUUUGCCCACAUCACCUCAUGUGGUUGUUGCAGAUCACAAAGGUGUGAUUUCUGUGUUACAUUACGACUCGUAUGUUGAAAGCAGCUCUAAGUCUCAAGAUCCAAACAAAUCUCAAUUACCCCAAGUGUCACUGAAGUGUGUUGAGAAGGCGCACAAUUCCUUUUUCUACCUGGACUCAAAUGCAAGCAGUACUCAACUGGUCUCAGGGGGUGACGGGAGGUCGAUAGUGCUGUCAGAUAUUGAGACUGGUUUGAAGCCAGUUGUGAGGAUCUCCAAGGCGCAUGGCAGUUCCAUAAGUGCCGUGUGUUGGUACAACGAUAGCUGUGUAGUUACGGGAGAUACGAGAGGGAGAAUUAAGGCGUUUGAUGUUCGCAUGGGGAACAGUGGAAAGAGGAGGAGGGUGUUCAAGUUCUACGAGCACGAGGGAGAAAUGACUGACUUCUCUGGAGACUCAGCCAGGAGACUCCUGUUCGCCUCCUCCACCGACUCCACAAUGUCCACCAUAGACUUCAGGAGGACACAGUACAAAAUGCAAAGUCAGCCCAGUAGUAAUGGGGAGAUGCGGAGUGUGUUGGUGAUGGGCGAACAGGAGAGCAAAGUGGUGUGUGGCUUGUCCGAUGGUCACGUCCAGAUAUACCAGAAGGGAUACUACGGGGUACACACUGAGAGCCUUCCGAUCUUCGACCAGAUGCCGAACGGACGAGCAGACCUCAAUUUGGACAAGAUGCGGGCGAUUGGUGACAAUGUGUAUGCAGUAAGUGACGACAACGGGCACAUAUUCGCCUACAGUCUCUUUCCGAACAGGCGACUGACCAAAGUGGGGUGCCACCGUCUCGCCACUGAGUGCUUCGACUUAGACUACUCUGGCAAUGUGUUGAUCUCGUGUGGGGCCGAUAAGCUCCUCAAAUUCUGGGAUGUGUCUGUGUUGGCUGCUUCUGAGAUUCUGGAGCAGAGGAGCAAGCAGACGACCAAGCAACAAAUACUAGCGAUCCGCAAGUGUUUCGACCCUGCUGCCGCAUUUUUUGCAGAUCUACACGACUCAAACGGAGCAUAAAAACGCAUUAAACUAGCUUCAAGCUGUAAAUUAUGCAUCAAAAUUGACUGAAAUUUGUUUUCUGAUUUUGCGUUGUUUCAGAAUUUACUUCAUAAAA